AUCAAAUUACAACAAGAUAUUGGGCUGAACUUAAAGGGAGUCGUGUGCGAUAAAUCCCAAGGGCACAAGUCAACACUCCGAGGUUUUGAAAACGGAGUGUAAGUGCGAAAAGGAAGAGAUGGAAGGCGGUACAAAGUUCGCCUCAUCCACGAUUAUAAGCCAUUGACCUUACUUAAUAACGAUGCGACCCGCAGUUAACUGCUCCAAAGUACACAGAUAUGAGCCCUUCUGCGAACAGUAUAGACGUAGCGUACAAUGGAAUUAAGAAUACGAUUUAGCCUGUCGAAGCCAUAGAUAUACAUAUAUAUAUAUAUAUAUGUAUGUCCUUGAUGAAGCUAGGACGCAUUGAACCGAUUUAUCUGCAACCUGCAUUUGUCUGUCUAAAAGCAAGUGCUUUAUUCUUUUUUCUCCUGUCGCUAGCCAAAAAAAAUAUUAAUAACAAUAAUGUUGGAAAUAAUGUAAUUGCUAUGGUAACCGACAAAGUAAAACAUUAAAAAUGCCUAAUGUGACAAAAGUAAGAAAAAUGAUUAUUUUUAUCGGAGAAGCAGUCUCAGUGGAAAAGUACGGAAUCGGCUUAAAUAUUAUUGAAAUAAAUUAAAGUUCGACUCGUUUGUGUUUUCCAUAUGUGAAAAAAUUGUAUUAUUGAUGGCGGAAGUUUAUAUUAUUGGACAAAUAUUGAAAGCUAUUGAUUUUGAAGCACCGCAUAUCUAUUGCAAGUGGAGUCUGCAGUCCGGUAGUGCUUGGCGAGUUAUAGAAGGUGACGCUCUGGGUCAAACCGUAAUUGGAAAUAAUAGUUUAGAAAACUCUUCGGACUUUUGUCAUCCGUUGGAUUUGCAUUUGGGAGCAGCUUCCGUGCAGGGUUGGCCUAAGUUACAUGUCGAAUUGCAUGCAGUAAAUGUUUUGAAUAAAAGCUGGCCGAUCGGUUACGGAUUCGCACACAUUCCUGCGCGGCCAGGAUAUCAUCGUUUAGAGAUAAGAACUUGGAAAAUUGCCCCGACCAGUUGGUACGAUAGUAUAAGAGAAAAAUUCGGUGGCGGUGGCUUGGCUUUAUGCAAAGAAGAUUUGAUCUACACGGGAAUCGAAAGAUAUAAGUUAAAGACUAUAUCGUCCGGUAUAGUUAUAGUCGAUAUAAAUUUAAUAUUAUAUAAUUUUGCAAAAUUUGGUGUAGAAUUCAGCUAAUCAUCGGCAU